AUGCUCGACGUCCUGCUGCUCCUCCUCCUGGCUCUCUACCUUCUCUUCUUCAUCCUUCGUCGUAUCUUCAGGUUCAUGUCUACUAAAAUCUUUGACGGCGACAGUAGAAAAAGUCAUGACAACGUGAAGGUGUUCAUCACGCAUGCAGGUCUCCUCAGUCUGCAGGAGGCCAUCUACCACGCCACGCCCCUCCUCGCAAUUCCCAUUUUCGGUGACCAGCUCAAGAACGCCAUGUUCGUGAAGGGGACUGGACUGGGAGACAGUCUGGUGUGGGAGGAACUGACUGAGGACAUGAUCGUUCACGCGAUUAACAAUAUCACCACUGACCCUAAGUAUAAGAAAAACAUGAUGAGGAUGUCAGCGGGGAUGAGGGACCAGCCGACGUCGCCCAGGGACCGGGCGGUGUUCUGGACGGAGUACGUCAUCCGCCACCGCGGGGCGCCCCAGCUGAGGUCCCCGGCGGCACAGCUCUCCUGGGUGGAGUUCCUCAUGCUCGACGUCCUGCUGCUCCUCCUCCUGGCUCUCUACCUUCUCUUCUUCAUCCUUCGUCGUAUCUUCAGGUUCAUGUCUACUAAAAUCUUUGACGGCGACAGUAGAAAAAGUAAGAACAAGAGGGAGUAGGAACGCCGUCUUUACCGUUACCUCGAAAAACCUUUGGAAAACGAUUCAAAUAGAGAAGUUUGUCAUAUUCCAA